UUUCAAGUAGCCGACGCGCUCUUCGACUCUGAGCUCUCCACUUUUGGGUGUCUGAAAUUGAGAGCUUAAGCAGUAGCCACACUAGAACAGCAGCCACAACAAGUCAACAACAACAGCCCAAUUUGAUUCCCAACACCCAGUAAUGCAGUCGAAACCACAAGGUGUCAUGGCCUCUAAUAAUUUGCAGCAGCAAGGAAGCAAAAAUGUUCAGACUGGACGGCCUCACAAUCUUCUCACGUUAAGCUUGACCAAAGGUACAACCUUGGAAGAAUUGAAAAAUGGAUUCCCAUCUGAAGGUUUAUCAACUGCAUCCAAUAGAUGGUGGGGAAGCAAUAGCCUUGAUUGUGAUAAGGGCAUCCGUGGAGAAGCAGCUAAGGCUGAUGAAGAAAACAAGCAUCAGUCCAACAAACUAGCGGAUGGCGCAAGUUCAAUUGCAGAAAACAAAGAGAAAUGUGAAAGUGAAAAAGAAGAGAACAGCAUUGAUCCCCAAGGGACAGAUUUAUUGGUGGCCGUGAGAAAACAAGCGGUGGAAGAAGGGAAAAAGGCACUUAAGCUUGGUGUAUUCCGUGGAUAUGGUGCAAAGAAGCUAGGGAGAAAGGAGAGGACAUUGCUCCUCCGAAUAUUCAAAUCGUCAUUGCCAAAAGAUUGGAUACCUGACUCCUCUUGAAUCCGGGGUGGCGACUGCUCUACACUAUAAAUAAGUUACAUUUACUCCGACAGGUAUGUUUGUUCCUCAGUCGGACUUGUGUCAACUAAUGAGUUUGUUUUCUUGUCUUGAUUUGUAAUUCAAUCAUAAUCUCACAAAUGACUCAGUUAUGCUAGAAUCUCUGUUGGCUAGGGAACUCAUAUAUGUGGUAAUAUUAAGUCCUUAUUUGAGUUGCCAUGAUUAUCAUGUAGUUGAGUAACUGCAUGACCAUGGAUUGCUUCUAGAUCUUUGUUAGUUACGAGCAAAUCUCAUAUAAGGUAGCUCACAAGUUAUUAUUUGAGUUGCUGCAACUCCUUUAGUUGAUUAACAGUAAAACUGUGAUGACAUUGAGUUAGAUUGGUCACUUUGUAUAUUACAUCAAAUUCCAGAUUGUUUAGCUAAUGAUGAUGUUGUUGAGAUGCUUUAGCUAACUUUUCUG